CCUUUUCUUUGAGAGGAAAAAAAGCUGAAACAAAAAAGCUGGUUUCGGAAAGCAAACUCUCUCUCUAUCUCUCUCUUAAAACUCAUAUCGCUUUGGGGUCUUCCUCUAUUAGUAAAGCUGAGAGACCACUAUCCAUCCAAAUAAAGAAGAAAAGAAGAAGAAGAAGAAGAAGAAGAAGAAGAAAAAUCUCUCCUCCCCACAAGAAAAAACAAAAGAUUCUUCGAUUUUGUUCUUAUUUUUCAGUUGCUGAUCCACUAUAACACCACCACCGGGGAAAAAGGGGUUAAAACUGCAUCCGAUGAUAGAUUACGACACCAACAACAACGAAAACGAUUCCAACAACAAUCACCGAAACGCUCCAUCUUCUUCCUCCUCCGAUCUUCUCCUCCUCGACAGCAAUGGAGCCUCCUCCGCCGCGACCCAGAAAAGAAAACGCAGACCCGCCGGCACACCAGAUCCAGACGCGGAGGUGGUGUCGUUAUCGCCGAGAACGCUCCUGGAAUCGGAUCGGUACGUGUGCGAGAUCUGCAACCAAGGGUUUCAGAGGGAUCAGAAUCUUCAGAUGCACAGGAGAAGGCAUAAGGUCCCAUGGAAGCUUCUGAAGAGAGAGAACAACCAAGAAGUGAGGAAGAGGGUUUAUGUAUGUCCGGAGCCGACGUGUCUCCACCACGACCCUUCCCACGCCCUCGGAGAUCUUGUUGGAAUCAAGAAACACUUCCGGCGGAAACACAGCAACCACAAGCAGUGGGUCUGUGAGAGAUGCUCCAAGGGCUACGCCGUUCAAUCUGAUUACAAGGCUCAUCUCAAGACCUGUGGCACCCGCGGCCACUCCUGCGACUGCGGCCGCGUCUUUUCCAGGGUGGAGAGUUUCAUUGAGCAUCAGGACACUUGCACCGCCCAGCGAGUUCAUCCGCCGCAGCAUCCGGUGGCUGCACCCGCCAUGUCAUCAAGAACCGCUCCCUCCACGGAAGCCGACCUCAACAUUGGCCCGUUCUUGUCUGGACUUCCCGUGCUAAGACAACCACCGCCGUCCGAUCGACAGCGAUCAAGAUUGCUAUAUUCGUUCGACCGUCGAGCUCGUAACCAUAACCUCGAACUCCAGCUACUGCCGUCGAGAAGCGCAGAAGAAACCCAUGAAACAAGUCUCAAACUUUCCAUAGGGAUGGCAACUACAUCAUCCGACGUUGUCCAGAGGAAGAAUAGUUACGAGAAGGGUGAAACGAGCGUUAAGGAUAGAGCGAACGAGCAGCUGAAGCUAGCAGAAGAGGCGAGAAGAGAGGCGAAAAGGCAGAUAGAGAUGGCGGAAAUUGAGUUUGAGAACGCCAAAAGAAUAAGGCGACAAGCGCAAACCGAGCUCGGGAAAGCUCAGAUCCUUAGAGAACAAGCCACCCAAAGGAUUAGUGCAACGAUGGUGCGCAUCACUUGCCACUCUUGCAAGCAAAAGUUCCAAGCUCCGGUGGCCACGGAGGCGCCGGCGCCGGGUGCUCCGCCGUCGUGUGGUGAAGACAGUACUUCACUUGCCGUGAGUUACGUGUCUUCGGCGACGACAGGAGAAGGCGAGUGAGUGCAAGUCAAUAUGAGUCAUCACAAAAGACUCCUUCAGAAGAAAAAAAGUGAAAUAUUACCAGAGAGGAUCUUUUCAUUAUUUUUUUUGUUUAUUGAAGAUCAUCUUUUGAAAAUUCCUUGAUUAUAUGAUUUUUGGUUUGUUGGUAAGUGGGUAUUAAUUAGGGUUUUUUCUUUCUGGGGACCAAAGAAAUGGAAUAGAAGUUGUCAUUAAUUGUGGUGUGGAGGGUGUUGAUUGA